AAUAAUAUUCCUGUUUUUAAACUACUAUAAUUCCAGAUAAAAAUGGCGGAUCAACCUACAGAGGAAACUCAGUUUGUUGUGGACGAGGUGUCGAAUGUUAUCAAAGAAGCCAUUGAGACAACCAUUGGAGGAAAUAGCUAUACGCAUUCCAAAGUAAGUCAGUGGACCAACGGAGUUGUUGAAUCUUGCUUAGCUAGUUUAACCAAGCUUCAGAAACCUUUUAAAUAUAUUGUUUCAUGUGUUAUUAUGCAGAAGAAUGGUGCUGGUUUGCACACAGCUAGUUCCUGCUACUGGGACAAUUCAACAGACGGGAGUUGUACUGUCAGAUGGGAGAACAAGACGAUGUACUGUAUAGUUUCUGUCUUUGGUUUGGCAAUCUAGAGAACAAAUACCAGAAAUAGAUACUUCGCCUCAGUUCAGGGUCAAAUCUAUUUUCCAACAUACGUAGUUUGUCUAACCCUACGAUCGUACAUAGGGAGAAAAAGUCGGACACUGACGAGUCGUCAUAAUUAACUUAAAACGUCAUCUGGUUCUUCUGACACCAAUUCCCGGCAUAAACAUGCAUUUUUAUCUAAACAUAAAAUAAUGUAAACUGUACUGCGAUACAUUUUAACCCUACUGAUAUUGUAUUUUUAUUCAUUCUUUUAUUGAACAAUCAUAAACUUAUCAAUUAAGUUUUGAAAUGACAUUUUUUUAUUUUAAAUAAUUUAGAAUAGUUUAUUUCAAGUCCAACAGUGCAGUUAAACACGUACAAAUUUUAUGAAUAAAAUAUUUCAAACAUUUCACUAAAUUGCACAUCUCAUAAAGAUUUAAUUUAUU